CAAACUUGGCCUUGACCCGCAACAUGCUUGAUCUACGAAGUGGCAACGUAAUACGAGUAGGGUCAAGGCGCAGUACGUUGGCACUUCUGCAGACACAGAUGGCAAUUGAUCUGCUCGUCAAACUAAACCUUGGUCUAGAAUUCAAAGUGGUUGAAAUGACGACAGUUGGAGAUAGAAUACUAAAUGUAGAGCUGUCGAAAAUUGGAGACAAAAGUUUGUUCACUAAGGAACUUGAAAAAGCCCUACUUGAUGAAGAAGUUGAUUUUGUCGUACAUUCUCUGAAAGAUGUCCCCACAGCCUUACCGGAUGGUUUAGUUCUGGGGUGCAUUUUUACUAGAUCUUCACCCGAAGAUGUUGUACUGAUGGCACCACAUAAUCGCGGCCUGAAAUUACGUGAUCUUCCUGUAGGUUCCAUUGUUGGAACGAGUGCUGUGCGACGAGUUGCUACUCUGUCACGCCAAUAUCCUCACUUAAAUUUUGUUUCCGUACGCGGUAAUUUAAACACAAGACUCGCAAAGCUUGACGGUGUGUGGACGCCUCACAAUGACGAAACUUGUACACGCAUCCAAACUGUUAAGUAUGAUGCCAUUAUUCUGGCAAAAGCAGGAGUAGAUAGGAUGGGAUGGUCAGAUCGUAUUGAUGAGGUUCUAUCGACUUCCUUUUAUGCUGUAAGCCAGGGUGCUUUGGCUUGUGAAUGCCGUCGGCACGAUAGCUUUAUUUUGGAUUUACUAUCACGCAUUCAUAAUGAGUCAGCUGCUUUGACUUCAAUUUCAGAGAGGAGUUUAAUGCGUCAACUUGAUGGUGGUUGUUCCAUUCCCAUCAGUGUUCGCAGUUAUUUCACCUCAGAGGGAAACCGUGAACAUUUCAAACUCACUCUCCAUGCAAAUAUUUUAAGUGUUGAUGGUAUAAAAAGUGUGGAAGAGUCCGCAUCUGUUAUUUUUCCAGAAACCAUGUCCGUAGAUUCAAACUGUGAAACAGAUGUGAAUCCGAAUAAGCAUAAGCACAACGGUGAAGGAAAUAUGUCAAUAAAGGAGAACAAUAUGAAGCUAAUAUCAUCUCCAAGCGAAUAAUGUCUCUUCGUGCAGAAAUUACAGAUGAGUCAUGAUUUUACUUACCAAAUUUAGCAAUAUGCUAAUGAAAUCCCUCUACUUCUUGGAAAAAUAUAUCUUUGACUUACGUCAGAAUUGCAUGCUCUUAAUCACUCGAAGAAAUUGAUUCAUCGCAAACGAAGCAUGAAUUAAAAGAAGCUUCAGACCCGUCAUCUAUGUAUAUGGGAGUAUUGGUUACUCCGAUUUCGGAUAUUGCACGUCUUAGAAUGGCUAUUGCUCAAAGCUUGGGUUGUGCAGUAGGAAACAAUCUUCUUACAGCCGGUGGUGAUAAAAUUCUUCAUGAAAUACGUUCUAAAUGCAGUGGCCCUCAUAAAUCCACAUGAAUAUAUAAACAAAGCUACAGUCCUGUCCAUUUCUGUUCCUUUGCAUUCUAUAGUUCUAAUAUGUAUUUAGCUUUAUUUACUUAGUCUUAAUUUUUCUUUGUAGUUAUUCUUAUAUUUUUCAAAUCCUCAGCAUGAUAAACUAUGAGGAUAUGCUUUGUUAUUAUUAUUAUUAUUCUGUAAAUAGUUUAGUGAGAAUGCCUCUUCUGUAUUUUAGCAUUUAGUCUACUGUAAAAUUUAUGCCUAUGUAUAUAAAAAUUAUUUGUGAUAUAAAUAAAUGUAUCAGUGAUCUUCUUAAUAUUUUCAAUUUGAAUGUUUGGUAAAUGCAACUACUUGACAUUUCACCUUUAUUUUGACAUGUUGUGCCAAGAAAGUGUGCAAUCCACUGUUUUCUAUUUUUUUUUCAACAUCAUUUCGCCGACGUAAUUAUUCCUUAUCAGUCUUUAAAUAUUCUAAUAAACUCACUCUUUUCCCUCAUGCGCUAAUAUCACCCUAAUCUUGCCCACCUUAAAAUUAGAUUAUGUAAAAUCUAGAUCAAGCCGAUUUGAUCACAGAAAAAAGAGAUAAGCGGCAGUGCAUUUUUUCAAAAUGCGAAAACAAUUUUAUUGGUCCUAUAUUUAUUUCAAUAUAGCGAAAAUAUUCAUUCAGACAUCUAUAAAUCACAAAAUUAUUGAGCAAAGAAUAUUCUUUUCGAUAAUUUCCUCUUCUG